CUCAGUGAGGGCAGUAUCGGUCGGUCAGUGCCCACCGUAGCUUUUCAGUCAGCUUCCCACCGAACACUUUCACACGUCUGCACACGAAAACUUGGGAACACCACGGCCAGGAAUACAGCCUCUCUCAAGUUUCCAUACAAGGAGGAGCGAGCCGUUUCCCUUUUCUUCAAAUGGGAAUAUGCGCGCGUGAAACUUGGGCUAACUUUUCUCCGCAGUAAACGUCGGACCUUUUUUUCACUGGAAACAUGCCGGAGCGUAUAAGCAUUUCGGACUUCGUGGUUCUGACAAACGAGGAUUUGGCUUCGCCGGGGACUUCCAGUUUUCAGUCCAAAAUGAGCGACUGUCGGACCACAGUCUCAGCGGUGGAGGAGUCUCUGGAGAUUGACCAGACAACCCUACAGAGGAUGAAGAAGAUGAUCAAGGCUAUACAUGCUUCUGGACUCAGUCAUGUGGAAAACAAGGAGCAGUACAUUGAGGUGUUGGAGAACUUGGGGAAUAGCCACCUGACCCAGGACAACAACGAAGUGUCCACAGGCUUUCUCAACCUGGCUGUGUUCACCAGAGAGGUCACGGCACUCUUCAAAAAUCUGGUGCAAAACCUCAACAACAUCAUGGCGUUCCCUUUAGAAAAUGUCCUGAAGACGGAGCUCCGAGACAGCAGACUAGAGCUCAAGAAACAGAUGGAGAAGAGUUGGAAGGAGUAUGACAUAAAAUUAGCAAAACUGGAAAAGGACAGGAAGGAGAAGAGCAGGCAGCUAGGUCUGAUCAGGAUGGACGGAUCAGAUGGAGGAGAGGACAUGGAGAGAGAGAGAAGGGCCUUCCAGCUGCAGAUGUGUGAGUACCUCCUGAAGAUCCAAGAGCUGAAGGUGCGUCAGGGUCCUGACCUUCUCCAGAGCCUCAUCAAGUACUUCCAGGCUCAACUCAGUUUCUUCCAGGACGGGCUGAAGGCUGCAGAGAAUCUCACUCCCUUUGUAGAGAAGCUAGCCACGUCUGUCCACACGGUACGUCUAGACCAGGAUGAAGAGGUGAGGCAACUCACUCAGUUGCGGGAUUCUCUCAGACUACUCCUACAAAUGGAGGGCAAAGAGGAGUACAUGAACAGGAAGAACUCUGGCAGUGGCUACAGCAUCCACCAACCCCAGGGCAACAAGAAGUAUGGCACAGAGAAGUCUGGUUUCCUGCUCAAGAAGAGUGAUGGGAUCAGGAAGGUAUGGCAGAAGAGGAAGUGCGGGGUAAAAUAUGGUUGCCUGACCAUUUCCCACAGCACGAUCAACCGACCACCAGCCAAACUGAACCUACUGACCUGUCAGGUGCGGCCCAACCCUGAGGAGAAGAGGACCUUUGACCUGGUCACUCACAAUCGAACGUACCAUUUCCAGGCAGAAGACGAGCAGGAAUGCAUGAUCUGGGUGUCAGUGCUGCAGAACAGUAAGGAGGAGGCUCUGAACACAGCACUGGGAGGAGAUCAACUUCAGCUGCAGGACAGUGGACUCCAGGAAUUGUCCCGAGCCAUCAUCGCUGAGCUGCGACAAAUGCCAGGCAACGAGGCCUGCGCCGACUGUGGAGCCCCAGAUCCAACGUGGCUCUCUACAAACUUGGGCAUCCUGACCUGCAUUGAAUGUUCUGGGAUUCACAGAGAGCUCGGUGUCCACUUCUCCAGGAUCCAAUCUCUCACUUUGGACCUGCUCAGCACCUCUGAGCUACUGUUGGCGGUCAGUAUUGGCAACACCAGAUUCAAUGACAUCAUGGAGGCAGGCCUUCCCAAUGACUCUGUCAAGCCACUCCCACGAAGUGACAUGAAUGCCAGGAAGGAGUACAUCGUGGCGAAGUACGCUGAGCGCCGGUAUGUCCUGCGGAGAGAGGAUGCAGAUCCCAACCGGCUGUAUGACGCAGUGAAAAGUCGUGACCUCACUUCCCUUUUACAGCUCUACGCUGAGGGAGAGGAGCUGGCCAAGUCACUCACACCGCCUGAAGGACCGGACAUCAGAGAGACAGCUCUCCACCUCGCGGUCCGUAUGGAGGAGAGGAGCUCCCUUGCGCUCGUCGACUUCCUCAUCCAGAACAGCAGCUGUCUGGAAAAGAGAACAGCAGAAGGAAACACGGCUCUCCACUACAGCGCCCUCCAUCAUAAGCCCGAGUCUCUCAAGCUGUUGCUCAAAGGAAAAGCAACUCUACAUACAGUGAACUCAGCAGGAGAGACAGCCCUGGAUAUUGCCAGGAGGCUACAGCACACACAAUGUGUCGAGCUGUUGGAGCUGGCUCAAAACGGGAAAUUUAACUCUCAGAUCCAUGUUGAAUUCAUGUGGGAGACCCAGUCUCAGGAGCUGUAUGACAGCGAGGAUGACCUCGAUGACAGGGUGAGCCCUUCACCCAGAAAUCAUCGCUCUCCUCUCCCCUCAAAUGGAGGUGUUGGACCUUCAACCGCCCGCUGGAGCAUGGCUAAUGGGGCCAAUGCUAAUAUUUCUGGCAGGCCCUGUCAGACCUAUGAGAACUUAGAUUUCCUUUAUAGAAAUCCCCCCACCAACAGUGCCCCCUCUGCAGGGUCAGUGCCACCACCGCUGCCUGCUAAAACCAUCCAGAGAGGUCGCUCAGACCCACAAAUCUCAGUCACGACGCAGGAAGGCAACUCCAUCCCAAGACGCUGCUCUAACCCGGCCUCACACUCCUCAAGUGUUCAGAUGCAGGCCAGACAUAGCCCUCCAUCUCCCAGUAUAGAGCACCAGGGCCAAGCAGGAAGACCACCAAGAUCUCCCCACGGACAGGGGACUUUCCUCAGGGGGCAGAGGCAGACCUGGGAGGGCCAGCCUAGUAAUUGUUUUGGGUCCCAAAGCAAUGUAACGUCAGCAUCUUCUCAGAACCACAUAGGACCUGUCAGUUCAGAGAAGACCACAUCAUAUCGUCGGACCAGCAGUGGUGGAGGUGGCCAGGGGAAGUGUGGUGUGUUGUCUCCUAGCUGUGUGGGCAGCCAGGAGGAACUAUACUGCAGCUUGGUGGGGAAUGGGCCGAGUCUGGCCCCGGCCCAGACUCCCAGCCCAGCUCCCACUCCGGCCCCAACUUCCUCACCUGCCAUGGCUUCAGUGGCACGACCACGCAGGAACGCCAUGGUUUCUGGCAGCAGGCCCCGUCAGAAACGAGUCAAGGCUCUAGUGGACUGCAGAGCAGUCAGUUCUGAGCAGCUGGCCUUUUUCAAAGAUGAGAUCAUUGUGGUCACAGCCACUGAUGACCCCCACUGGUGGGUUGGCCACAUAGAGGGAGACACAUCCAGGAGUGGGACAUUCCCUGUCAAUUAUGUACACAAACUGGCAGACUGAAGGGACACACAGAAUAGCAUUGGUAUACAAGGACUUCUCUGGUAACAUAAGAGGAACUGUACCAGCAUGGGAUCCUUACUUGAAUUUUAUCGUCAUCACACAGCAGAAUUUGUCUACAGGAGAGGACCAUUGAAUUCUCAAGAAUGUAUUCACACUAAAGCGCAUGAGGAAACUUGGACUAUUUCUUCAUGAGGAUAACAGGAGCCACAGGGUACCUGAGGAUAUAGUGGGUAUUUUUAUAGAAUGUUAUGGCCUCUAUCCUUUGGUGUCACUCAUCCAGGACACCAAGACGGGAACUGAAGCCUCUUGCAGCUUCAUAAAGCCUCUCAUUCUAAGGACAAUGGUCUAAUGGUCAUUCCUUGGUUCUAAGUCCAAGGAUAAUAUAUUUCCUUGUUGUAUGUUUGUGGUAUUAAAAGGCAUAACCCCCUGCCGAUAGGGAGUAUGACUUUUUCCACAUCUCUGAAACUGUUAAGUCAAUUUAGUUGUGAAUAUGGUCAGUGUUGGGCAUACUGAUCCUAGAUCUUUGCUUAGCAGCAAAGCUUACCUGUAGGGAAAAUCCCUUUAAGGCCCUUAAAGCUCACUGUGAUGAAAUCUAUGAAAGAGUUGGCAGCGUUUUAAACGUACGCCUAGCCUGCUGCUACGUAGGGAUGAAUACAGCAGCUUUUUUGUUUUUUGAUGGAAACUGAAGUCUAGUCUUUUCAGCCAUAGUGUGUUGACACUUGGAGGAGAAGUAUGUGCCUGCCCAGUGUCUGUUGCUGUCUGCCCUGGGACUCCAAAAGAAAUGUUGUGCCUGCUAGUCUGUCUCCAACAUAACACCAGGCCUCCACGCAGCCCAGACAAGGAUCUGAAACCUUAGCACAGCCGUCUAACCUGACUAUGGGCAUGACUGACUGGGCCUUGGCAGGAUGGAGGGUGGAGGAUCCAGUUUCAUCUGGCUCCAUGAGUCUGUCUCUGGAGAAUAUGGAAUAAGGACAGUAUGUUAGAAAAGAGACUUUCUGUGUUCUGCAAGAAAAUAGCACUUAAAGAUAGAAGGGCUUGUUAGUAAUAGCACCCCACGCAAAAAAUUUGUUCAGUGAACAGAAAGGUACACGCUCACUUAAGGCACAUGUGUAUCAGACUAGAUGUGCACAAGCACAAUCGCACAUGCUAACUUCGCAGCAUUGAGUCUGAAUCUAAUACUAGUAACCACAGUAACCACGUAAACAUAAACAUAUUUCACUGCAGUUACUCACAUGCUUUACUGUAUAUACUUAUCUGAAAAAUGCCCAAUGUUGUAUAUAUUUCCUGUUUUUUAAAUGUCCUUUGCUUCACGAACAGAAAAUUUCAUCAACAAAUGACGCAGAUAAUGUUACUAUAUUGUGUUAAUUUGAUGGUAAUGUAUUUGUCCUCAUGCAGGAUUCUGUUUUUCAUUAGCAGCCUAAAUGGUUCUCAGUGAGAGGGGUGGGGGGGGCAUGGCAUAGACGCUCACAGCUGUGUAAUCUCCAAAUGUUCAGAGAGGCUGUGGUCUCACCCAGUGAUGACUGUACACAAACUGAAAACACAGAUGCUGACAUCGAUGGGCAAAGGUGUGCGUGCAGCACUUCCUUUAAAUCAUUCCUGUUUAAACGAGCUGUGGCAAGGAGUCUGUCAGCAUUUCUGUUGCUGAUAUUGUCUUGUUACUGUUAAUUAAUGAGCAAACAAAACCUGACAGACUGUCAUGAUGGUGAGGAACUCUGCUAAAUGUAAUCACUGUUAAAUUUGGAAAAUAUAGGAUGAAAAUACAAAUUAAAAAAACAUUUGUUGGAUGUUGUAACAUAAACCCAUAAGACAUAUGUCUAAUAAAGUACCAUAUUCUCAUAGUGUAAUUAAUUGUGCACAUAUAUCCUAUACUGUAAUAAAACGCUGUUAUUUUUCUG